GUUCGAGUUAUACCAGUUUUCCUCUACGCUCCCAGUUUCAAAAGCUGCUCUCCUGUUUGCACUAUUCUAACUCGAACUAGACGAGACAGGUGAAGUUCAAAGACCAUGCAGACUCUGAGAAUCACCGCGUUUGGGGUGCUGCUCACCUUGGCCUACGCAAAUUUUCCUUUGCAACUCCUCGACUCCUCAAGUGUGGUGACUGCGACAUUCACAGACUCCGUGCUCCUCAAUGUACCACCAUGCUCUCUUGCGGGACAGAAGGUGUCUUUGACUUACCAGAACAUGGCCAAUAAGAGUACUGUAACCCUGCAGAACGUGUUUGCGGUUCCUUCAUGUCGGAACAGAAGGGACCUCCUGGACGUUACUCAAAGCAAUGGACAAAACCUUGGGUACCAGGUCACAAACCUUGUCAGUGGCACACAAUACAGUUUUCAGUACAAUGUGGGAAGCAACAUGAGCGAUUCAUUACAAGCCAGCACAGCACAAGCAGUCCCAUACAGUACCAUCUAUGACGGCUUGCCGGCGCGCUCCGGCGCCAUGGUGGUGGUGACCGUGAUCCUGGUGAUCCUCGUGUUCCUGCUCAUCGUGGGCCUUGUGCUCACUGUCAUAUAUGGUCACUGCAUGAAAUGAGUCGUUACAAAAAUUUAAACACAUUUAAUACUUGCUUUAAUAAGUUUAAAAAAUGUCAUAAACCUUACAAUGAACACAUUUCUACAAUAGCCGAAUAUUUCAUUAUAUGUUAGAUUUAUAUUAGACCUAUUUGUAUUGGCUACAUGCAUUUUUAAGCAGAUGGGAAAACAUGCAGUACUUUAACUUUUGUGAAUUUGCAUUUGAAUUGUUAUGCAAUGUGCAUAGAAUAGAUAUUUUACAAUCUUUGUGUAAUGUAUUAAUUAUAUAUGUUUAUUCUCCUUCGCUUUAAUUUUGCAAAUAUGUCGGGUUUUAAAUCACCAAUAAACCUGUAACGGGU